CAUUUCCUUCUUAUAAUUUCAAUCUAAAACUACAUGUCAUUAAUGAAACCAACCAUGACUAAUAUUGCUGGUGUUCUUUUCCUGCAGUUGUUUGCCAUAUCAACCAUCAGUAUUAGCUUUUGCAGAGGAAGCUCUACUGUUUGCUGCAUCGAAAGCGAGAAACAAGCACUCUUAAGGUUCAAGCAAGACCUCAAUAGUAGCAAUAGCCUGCGACUAGCUUCUUGGAAUGCUGAUGGAGAUUGCUGCACAUGGGCUGGCGUUUCCUGUGACAACUUGACAGGCCAUGUUCAUAAACUCGACCUUCGAAAUCCUUACGAUGACUAUGUAUCAUACGCUUUUAUGUGGUCUAUGUUGGUUGAUAUAGGAAACAUGACUUCCGUCAAAUGGCUUGACCUCUCACUCAAUGGACUUAAAGGGAAAAUUCCCAGAUCAAUGGGAAGACUAUGCAGCCUGAGGUCUGUUCUUCUAUCAUACAUUGAAUUAAAUCAAGAUGUAUCAGAAGUUUUAGAUAUUUUCUCAGGAUGUGUUGCAGAUAGACUAGAAGAUGUUUAUAUAAUUAGUAGUCAACUUUCUGGUCUUUUGUCUGAUCAACUUGGGCAAUUUAAAAACUUAGUCAAUCUACAUCUAAGAGACAACAAGAUUUCAGGUCCUAUUCCAGUGUCUUUAGGGGGACUCUCAGCGUUGAGGUCUUUAGAUCUUUCUUUCAACAAAUUGAAUGGAUCUCAUUCUGAAAUUAACUUUGCAAACCUCACAGAGCUUUCUCUCUUUUUUGUAUGUGGAAACUCUCUGGUGUUGAAUGUUAGUCCCAACUGGGUUCCUCCUUUUCAACUUGAAGCGUUGGCAUUGGGAUCUUGUCACUUGGGUUCUCAGAUUCCAUUGUGGGUUUUUUCCCAGAAGAGUUUGAUCUAUCUGGAUAUCUCCAAUUCUGGAAUUAUAUCUACAAUUCCCAGUGGGUUCUGGAAAUCAUUUCCCAGACUUACUUAUUUUAAUCUUUCUCACAACCAAAUCUAUGGAGAGGUGCCAAAUUUAACGGAAGCGAUUCAACUUGAGUUAUUUGAUUUGAGCUCAAAUAACUUAACAGGGUCGUUGCCUCUUAUUUCCACCACUAUGAAUGCACUUGACCUUUCUGACAAUGCUUUUUCAGGAUCCAUUUUCCAUUUUGUGUGCUUCAGGAUGAAUGAGACAAAGGGAAUGGAGAUCCUUAACCUCAGGAACAAUCUGUUAUUUGGAGAAUUACCUGAUUGUUGGAUGAAUUGGAAAAAUCUGUUGGCCUUGAAUUUAGGUAGCAAUAGUUUUCAUGGCAACUUUCCAAACUCAGUGGGAAUGUUAAGUUACCUUCAGUCGUUGCAUCUUCGCAGAAAUGGUCUCUCUGGGGAAAUUCCUGCAUCACUGAAAAAUUGCAGAGGGUUAAUUUCCCUUGAUAUUGGUGAAAAUAAGUUUUCUGGACAUGUACCAAGGUGGAUUGGAGAAAGAUUUUCAAAACUGAUGAUUCUCAACCUCCGUUCGAAUAAUUUUGAUGGGUUCUUACCGGCAGAACUUUGCCAUCUGAUUUCUUUACAGAUCUUAGAUCUUGCUGAUAACAAUUUCAUCGGAAAUGUACCAAGAUGUAUCAAUAACUUCACAGCCAUGGUCACAGUGGACUAUUGUGGAGGCAACCGCAUUCAAUACUUAUCGGGCAUUCCUUAUCCAGUGUCCUUUCGUGGUUUUGCACCAAAUUAUAUUGACCGUGAUUUGCUUCCUUAUCCAGUAUCCUUUCGUGGUUUUGUAAUAAAUUAUCUUGAAGAUGAAUUGCUUGUGAUGAAAGGAAAAGCAGUUCAAUAUGACAUCAUUCUUAACCUGGUGAGAAUCAUAGAUCUUUCCCAUAACAAUUUGUCAGGAGAGAUUCCAAUGGAAGUAACCAAUCUUGCUGCACUACAAUCACUGAAUCUGUCAUACAAUCGCAUUAGUGGAAGAAUUCCUGAGAAUAUUGGAGCAAUGAGUUCAUUGGAGUGCAUUGAUUUCUCCCUAAAUCAACUUUCUGGUGAAAUCCCACAAAGCAUAUCAAGGUUGACGUAUUUGAAUCACUUGAACUUAUCCAACAACAACUUACAUGGAAGUAUUCCUUUGAGCACUCAGUUACAGGGAUUCGACGCAUCCUGUUUCACUGGUAAUGAACUUUGCGGAUCUCCACUUCCUCAAAGGUGCACUGCAACUGGCCCAAUACCCGCAGAUUCUAAGAAUGCAGAAGGAGAAGAUCUUAACAAGCAUGAAGUUCAAUGGUUCUAUGUAAGCUUGCCACUUGGAUUUGUUGUGGGUUUCUGGUGUGUAAUAGGACCUCUUCUUGUGAACAGAAGAUGGAGGUAUAUGUAUUGUAAUUUCUUGGAUUGUUUUGGGGAUAAGUUUGUUAGUGUUGUAAGAAGAUGUUACUAGAUUUUUAAUUUUUGAAGUUCUGGUAUUUUAUGUCAUUUCAUAAACAAGAUGAAGUAUUGUAAUAAGCAAAGUUUAUUAACAUGUUUUCUGUGUACUUGAGUAGAAAAGUUUUUUAAUACAUGAUUGAUCACAUGAUGACAUAA